AUGGCAAAAAAGAAAGCAUUCACUCCUCUUUUAUAUCUUGCAUCUAUAGUAUGUUUGCCCUGGUGGAUUUCUCUCUCAUUUAAUAAAAGUCUGGAAUCUUGGGUCACUAAUUGGUGGAAUACUGGGCAAUCCGAAACCUUUUUGAAUGAUAUUCAAGAAAAGAGUAUUCUAGAAAAAUUCAUAGAAUUAGAGGAACUCCUCCUCUUGGACGAAAUGAUCAAGGAAUACUCAGAGACCCAUCUACAAAAACUUCGUAUAGGAAUCCAUAAAGAAACGAUCCAAUUAAUCAAGAUACACAACGAAGAUC